UGGUGCUGCCCAGUUCAAUAACGCACGUCGUCGUCGUCAACAAAUCGAAACGGAGGAGAAAAAGUGUCUGUUUGCAUCAUCCGUUCGCCAGCGUGCCAGGGCCCCUUGCUGUCGCUGUACACAUCGCCUCCCCAGAAAGCCCACGGCACACAACAACACAAAAAACGCACGGAGACUACACAGUCGUCAACAAACAAAACGCGCAGGAAAACAGGAACCUUCGCUUCUAGCGAGGCAAGCGUGGUGUGGUGUGUGGCAGCAAUCGUGUGUGUUACGCUCUCGAACGUCGGUCCAAGUGAGUCCCGUCCUCGGCCACGCGAAAGAUCCCCGCGGCCGUCGUCGUCGUCGUCAUCCUACCAAUUUCUGCCGUGGCACACUUGGGGAGGGCUGCAACCGCCGUGUUGUAAGCGCUCGGAAUCGAUUUGGAUGGAAGCAUGAACCAAGAGCCUUUCACAUACGCCUUAUCGCAGAUCGCUCACUUAGUGUCGAACGUGAACAAGAAAAACUCCCCGGCCACAGCACGUCAGCUAGCGCAGCUGGUGAAGGACUUCGGACUAGAGGCCGACCGUCACUUGCUGCGUUGUCUGUUCUCCUCGAUCGACUUCGGGGACGCCACACAUUCCGCCGCCAGGGGUUAUUGCCAGGCUCGCUUACUGGCCACGGAACUCGCGAGCCUGACAAAUAAACCGCAGCUGGUCGCCAACGUUUGCUUCGCCGUCGACAAUCCGUUCCCGCAGCAAAAGUCCCUGAAGCCGACAUCGAACCUGCUGGCACAGAUCUCGAAAACGCUCUCCUGUACACCGAUCCAGGAAACGGCGCUUUCGAUCGCUUUGCUGCACUCGGAACAGCCGGAGAUAGUGCGGUUUGCGGAAGCGCACCUUAAGAACUGUCUCACCGAGCUAAUCGAGAGCUACAUCGACUCUGACUCGGGCAGCAACAACGUAGAGGGCAGCCUUAACGACGUAUCGCCCGAGUUUCUGCAGCAGAUACUGUCCCUAAUCUCGUACGGCCGGCACACCGCCCUCGGGCUUACCGACCAAACGUACGAGCGCUUCCGGAGCCAGCUGUGCCGCGACUUUCCGCGUGACCGCGUGCCGCUCAUCCUAGCGCCGCUGCUGUACGCGGAGAGUUCGGAAAUUUCGGCCGAAAUAUUGAAGCUCAACACGCACAGCAUCCUGCAAUCGUCGAUCAUGAAAACGUCCUGGACCAAUCUGGUCGUGGAGGUGGGCUACUCGUUCACCGCGACGCUCGACGACUGCCGGAACCAUCUGCUGAAGGUGGGCGGGCGCGACAUCACGCCCCAGGAUGUGGCGAAGAUUGUGUCGUCCAUGUGCUUGACGCACGAGUCGCUGUCGGAGAGUAGCAUCAAUCUGCCGACGCCGAGCGCCUUCUGGCCGCAGGGCAGUGGCGAUCCGUCCGGCCAGAAGGGCAAGGAUGGCAAUGGGGGGUCGUCCGCGUCGGAAGUCACCACCUGGAAGCCGGAGGUGCUGGUGCAGGCGCUGAAGGAGGUAGUGCCUGCCCUUAACUGGAAGGAGGUGUGCGUUGCGCUGGACCAUCCGGAGUUUCUGCUGAAGGACCGGGCCGGGCUGUCGCUGCUGCUGACGAUCGUGAAGAUGGGCAUGCAGGCGAGCAACAUGGGCCAAACCUUCCCGGUGGAGUGUCUGUAUCAGCGGUGGACGAACGUCGAAGGUCAGCUGUCGAUCAUUUCGCUGAUACUGAAAAACUCCGACCUGUACUCGUUCGCCGACCACAUCUACACUAGCGUGUCGCUCGAUCUGCUGAAGACGCCGCCGGAGACGGACAGCAAGGAGGUGGCGUGCUGGAUGUCGCUCCACCUGGUGGACGUGCUGCUGUACAUCGCGGACCAUGCGAACCUGAGCGAGAAGGUGAUGAAGAUUUUCAAGGUGCCCGGUUCGCUCUGCCCGGACGUGCUGUUUCUGGCGCUGCUGCAGAUCAACCCGCCGAUGACGACGGCCCGGCAGGAGCUGUUCACCAAUCUGGUGCCGAUCUUCCUCGGCAACCAUCCGAACGCGGGCACGAUACUGCACCACGCCUGGAACCAUUCCACGUUCAACGUGACGCUGCGCCCGAUCAUCCUGCACGCCAUGUCCGACUGGUACAUGGUCGGGGAGGGCGACCAGUCGCGGCUGUCCCGCAUCCUCGAUGUCGCGCAGGACCUGAAGGCGCUGUCCAAUCUGCUCAACAUUCGCACGUACAUGUUCAUCAUCGAUCUGGCCUGCCUGGCGUCGCGCCGCGAAUACCUCAAGCUGGAGAAGUGGCUGGCGGACAAGAUACGCGACCACGGCGAACCGUUCGUGAAGACGAUACUGAAGUUUCUGCAGCGCCGCUGCCCGCAAAUCCUGGGCGGCAAGUACAGCGAGGAGCAGAUCCCGAAGUCGUCCCAGCUGCCGCCCGAAACGCUCAUCACCAUACUGAACUGUUUGCAGGCAUGCAUCGCGAGCUGUACGCCCGAGGUGGCGGACAUGAUCCACAGCAUGAUGCAGUACGGUAUGCUGCUGAACUCGAAGUCGCGCGCCCAGCAGCAACAGCAGCAGCAGCAGGCGCCUCAGCAGCAGCAGCAGCAGCCGCCGCCGCCCGGCGUGCUCCGGUCGCACCGCGGCCUGGAAGCGUUCGGGGCCAAUGCGAUGGGCAGCCAGCUGCUGCCCCCGAUGGUGGACUCGCUCAACAGCCUGACCGCGAACAUUGGCGGCCUUAGCAUCGGUGGCCCCGGCGGCGGCAACAGUGCGUUCAGCUUCAACAACAUCAUUGCGACGCCGCCGUCGCCCUCGCGCCUGCUGCCCUCGAGCAGCCCGUUCCCGAUGAUGCCGCUGCCGCCCGGUGCGGCCGCCGCUGCCCAGGCCGGCACGCUCAGCCGGCUGCAGCAAACGCCGAACGAUAAGCUCGGGGCGGCGGCGGCCGCCGGCGCCGCCGGCAUUCCCACCCAGGCGCUCGCCCCGUUCACGGCCGACGCACCGGUGCCCGUCUCGAAGGAGGUGGAGGACGAGGCGAACAGCUACUUCCAGCGCAUCUACAACCUGCCGCCGCAUCCGACGCUGUCGAUCGACGAGGUGCUGGACAUGCUGCAGCGCUACAAGGACUCGCCGAACCGGCACGAGAACGACGUGUACCAGUGCAUGCUGCGCAACCUGUUCGAGGAGUAUAAGUUUUUCCCCCAGUACCCGGACAAGGAGCUGCAGACGACGGCCCAGCUGUUCGGCGGCAUGGUGGAGCGCAAUCUCGUCACCACGUACGUGGCGCUCGGGCUGGCGCUGCGCUGCGUGCUCGAUGCGCUGAAAAAGCCGGAAGGCACGAAGAUGUACUACUUCGGCAUUACCGCGCUGGACCGGUUCAAGAACAAGCUGCACCUGUACCCGAAGUACUGCGAGUAUGUGCACUCGAUCGCGCACUUUAGCGAGUUCCCGGCGCACCUGAUCGAGUACAUCGAGUACGGGUCGCAGGGCCAGGAGCCGCCGAACAAAACGCUUGGUCCGGGGCCGCUGCCACCGUCGAUUUUGCAGUUCAUGCCGAGCGGGGCGGCCGGUCGGGGUGGACCGGUGGGCAAUCCGCUCUAUCGGAGCAACUCCGUCACCGGCACGAGCAACCUCACGCUGGCUGGUGUUUCUACGUCCGCUUCGGCUGCAGCUGCAGCCGCAGCCGCCGCCGCUGCUGCUGCUGCCGGUGGGGCCGGUGCGGGUACGCCUGGAAAGAUCAAUCUUUCCGCCCAGCUAAUCCCUCCCGGUGCAGCCGGCGGUGGAGCGGCAGGUGCUAGCGGUGGCGGUGGGGCGGGUGCAGGUGUUGCCGGCUCAAGCGGCAACAGUGGUGCCACUGGUGGAAGCAGCGGCGGUGGACAACCGCCGCGCGUCAAAUCGAUUGCAAACGCAACCAACAUCGACACGCUGCUGGUGGCGACACAGGACCGGGAGGAGAAGAUCAUUGCGCCGCCGGACGCCAUCCAGGACAAGACGGCGUUCAUCUUCAACAACCUGAGCCAGAUCAAUCUGCAGCAGAAGUGCGAGGAGAUCAAGGAGAUACUGCAGAAGGAUUACUACACCUGGCUGGCGCAGUAUCUCGUGCUGAAGCGUGCCUCGAUCGAGGUGAACUUCCACGUGCUGUACUCGAACUUUCUCGACGCGCUCAAGAUACCGGAAAUCAACCGGCUGGUGACGAAGGAAACGUUCCGCAACAUCCGCGUGCUGCUGCGGUCGGACAAGGGCAUUGCGAACUUUUCCGACCGCUCGCUGCUGAAGAAUCUCGGCCACUGGCUGGGCAUGAUGACGCUCGGGCGCAACAAGCCGAUCCUGCACCUGGACAUUGACGUGAAGUCGCUGCUGGUGGAGGCGUACAACAAGGGCCAGCAGGAGCUGCUGUACGUCGUGCCGUUCGUGGCGAAGGUGCUGGAAUCGUGCGCGAAGAGCAAGGUGUUCAAGCCACCGAACCCGUGGACGAUGUCGAUCAUGAACGUGCUGGCGGAGCUGCACCAGGAGCCGGACCUGAAGCUGAACCUGAAGUUCGAAAUUGAGGUGCUGUGCAAGAACCUCAACAUUGACGUCAGCGACCUCAAGCCGGCCAUCUACCUGAAGGACCCGGAGCGGGCGCAAAACAUCGAGUAUCAGCUGUCGCAGCCGAAACCACCGAAGGAGACGGCCGCCGCGGCGGUGAUGGGUGGUGCGGGCGUGGCCGGACUCGGUGUCGGGGGUAAUGUGGGCGGCGGCGGUGGUGGAGGUGGUGGUGGCGGUGUUGUUGCCGUCGUGCCGCAGCUUCCUCCCGGGGCCGGCCCGGACGAUAUGGGCUCGAGCGGACCGUCCAGCUCGCCGGCAAACGUGGCGAUGGAUCCGGCGCUGGCAGCGACCGGUCCGCCGGAGCCACGCUUCCACUACUCCGACAUUAACAUUGCGAACCCGAGCCUGAACGCGCAGCACAUCGUGUACCAUCCGACGGUGGCGAUCCUGCACACCCAAACGCACCUGAAGGUGAUCGUGAAGAGCUGCCUGGAGCGCACCAUCUCCGAGUGGAUCUCGCUGAUCGUGGAUCGCAGCGUGAAGAUUGCGUCCAAAACGACCGAACAGAUCGUGCGCAAGGAUUUCGCGCUCGACUCGGACGAGACGCGGAUGCGCCGGUCGGCCCACAAUAUGGCGCGCAGUCUGGUGGCGGGCAUGGCGAUGAUCACGUGCCGCGACCAGAUGGUGCAGACGAUUCAGAACAACAUCAAGGUGGCGUUCGCGGCCGCGGUCGGUAGCGCGCAGAAGGAAGCGAUCAUUGAGCACGCCGCCCAGCAGCUGGCGAUGGACAACAUUGAGCUGGUGACCGCGUUCAUCCAGAAGACGGCCAUCGAGAAGGUGGCGAUCGAGAUGGACAAGAUACUGGCGGAGGACUUCCAGCUGCGCAAGCUGGCGCGGCAGGAGGGCCGGCGCUACUGGGACGCGGCCGUACUGUCGUACCAUGCGGAACGGAUGCCCGAGCGCAUCAAGCUGAAUGUGGGCGGCGUGUCGCCGAGCCAGCUGGCAGUGUACGAGGAGUUUUCGCGCAACAUUCCCGGCUUCCUGCCGAUUACGGAACGCGAUGCGGCCCAGUUUGCCCCCAAGAUGGCGGAGAUGCUGCCAUUCGUUGCUACGCCGGACGAGAUCGGUGCGAUCUACGAUGAGCUGGCGAGUAAGAUGGAUACGUUCAUCAAAACGACACGUCUCGUGCCGAUAUUGCAGCUUCACACCAACAACAUGGAGCAGCUGCUGGAGUGUUUGAUUCACGCGCACCGUUCGCUCGACAAUCUGACCGGUUGCACGCUGCUGAACAAGGCAGUCGAGGGCCUGCUGGAAGGUUUAAUCAACAUCCCGGACCAGAUCGAGCACGUCAAGCUGUACCGGGACAUUCAUCUGCGCGUGAUGCGCCUGAUGCAGGACCAUCGGCUGUUCGGUCCGAUGUGGACGAACAAAGCGAUCACGCGCUACAUGCUGGAGUGCCGGGAGGAGCUGCGCUACAACGUGGAAGCGGUCGAUCUGCUGAUUACGUCCAACUUUGUUAACAUGCAGCAGUUCGACAUGAUGCUGGUGCAGCUGAUGGACAAUGGGAACAACUACGUGGCGGUCGUGUUCGCCAUGCAGCUGCUGCAGACGUUCUUCAUCGACGAGCGGCACAAUUCGGCCAUCACCGAGAACGAUCUGGCCGGCACGAUCGAGAUGCUGCACCGGCUGACGGCGCACCCGCGCGCACCGGAAGGUUUGACGCACCUGAUCGAGAUGCUGCGCGCCAAUCACGAUCCGAACUCGUUCCUGAUGGAUCGUGCCAUCGUUGGGCCGACCUCGUACAUCCACGCGGGUGUGGCCCAGGCACGGUCGGACAUUGACGAUUCGCCCGGUUUUCUCGAGCGGGCCGAGUUCCUGCUCAAGGACUGGGUCACGAUUGCACUGUCGCCCAACACGUGCCGCGAUCCGCUCAAGGGUUUCAGUGUGUUUGUGGGCAAGAUGAACGCGCACGGCAUACUGAAGGGCGAUGAGCCGCUGACGCGCUUCUUCCGCUUCGCCACGCAGUACUGCAUCGAUCUGACGUAUCGCAACAUGAACGAGCCGAACGCUAAAACGAAAAUCUUCCAGUUUAUCGACGCGUACGUUCGGCUGAUUGCGCUGCUGGUAAAGCACUCCGGCGAGAGUGGCAGCACCAACACGAAGCUGAAUCUGCUGAAUAAGAUUCUCGGUAUCAUCAUCGGCAUACUGCUGCACGAUCAGGAGGUCCACACGACCGCGUUCCAGCAGGUCGGCUACCAUCGCAUCUUCGCCAUGCUCUUCCUCGAGCUGACCACGCACGAUCCGAUCCUGGAGAACAUCAGCAUCAGCGUGAUCACGGCGUUCUGCCACACGUUCCACAUACUGCGCCCGUCCGCGGCGCCCGGCUUCUGCUACUCCUGGCUCGAGCUGAUUGCGCACCGCGUCUUCAUCGGGCGCGUUCUCGCCCAGAUCCCGCAGCAGAAGGGCUGGCACAUGUACUCGCAGCUCCUGAUCGACCUGUUCAAGUAUCUGGCCCCGUUCCUGCGCAAUGCCGAGCUAGCCAAGCCGGUGCAGCAUCUGUACAAGGGUACGCUGCGCGUGCUGCUGGUGCUGCUGCACGAUUUUCCCGAGUUUUUGUGCGACUACCAUUUCGCGUUCUGCGACGUCAUCCCGUCAAACUGCAUCCAGAUGCGCAACCUGAUCCUGUCGCCGUACCCGCGCAACAUGCGCCUGCCCGAUCCGUUCACGCCGAACCUGAAGGUCGAUAUGCUGAAUGACAUUGGAGGAUCGCCACGGAUUUCCAUCAACUACGCGUCCUCCAUUCAGCCGGUAAGCUUCAAGAAGGAUCUCGACUCGUACCUGAAGGCCCGCGCACCGGUCACCUUCCUGUCGGAGUUGCGCUCCAAUCUGCAGAUCUCGAACGAGGUCGGCUCGCGCUACAAUAUUCCGCUGAUGAACGCGCUCGUGCUGUACGUUGGCACCCAAGCAAUUGCUCACAUUCGAUCGAAAAAUUUGGGCCCAACAAUGUCCACGAUUAUACACAGCGCGCACAUGGAUAUCUUCCAAAACCUGGCGGUCGAUCUGGACACGGAGGGACGCUACCUGUUCCUGAACGCGAUCGCCAACCAGCUGCGCUAUCCGAACAGCCACACGCACUACUUCAGCUGCUGCAUACUGUACCUGUUCGCAGAGGCAAACUCGGAAGCCAUUCAGGAACAAAUCACGCGCGUUUUGCUCGAGCGCCUGAUCGUCAAUCGUCCGCAUCCGUGGGGUCUGCUGAUCACGUUCAUCGAGCUGAUCAAGAAUCCGAUCUACAAGUUCUGGGAUCACGAUUUCGUGCACUGUGCGCCAGAAAUUGAACGACUUUUCGAAUCGGUGGCAAAGUCGUGCAUGGUCACGAGCAAGAGCCAGCAGCAAAUUCAAAACGUCGAGCCGGAUAUCACCGAGUGCAGCUAAAUAUAUGGUUGCCAACAUCAGGCUCCAGCUUUGCGGCAACACAGCAUCGAUAAUAUCAAACACCCGAAACGUCAGCCCGAAGAAAAAGAAUUACAAAAAAAAAACCCGUUGGGUGUCGGUUGACGAUAAAACUGAACAGAAUUAGGCAAACACACACCAUCUGUACAUACGCGAUACCAUUGUCACAACAAGUCAGUGCACGUCCUCUUUAAUGUAGGGAAAUUGAUGGAUUAGAUGGAGAACAGCCAAGCAUCAAACGUCAAACGCGAAACUAUCUUAGUUCAUUUGAGCCGAAACUGUACAUUUUGCGAGCGAGAACAGGUUUAGGAAAACGUGUGUAAGUAAUCGAAAACCGAAACGAUUCGUCCCCAGCCACGGUUACAUUUUCCUCCGUCACCUUUGGAGUGGCCGCUGAAGGUGACGGGAGAUUGCCGUUUCCUCCCAAGGUACAGCUUAACGUUGCUUUUGGUCGGUGUGCGAAUCUACACGUCUUUUUUGUUGUUGUGAGUAAUAAUGUAAGUAGCGAUGUACAGAGUUGCAAAAUAGUACUGUAAAAGGAUGUUCUAGAUCGGUGCGAUACAUUUUACUCGAUGCACUAGAUAUAGAAUAAAAUUGUUCGUAAUAAGUGUAAUAAAUAAGGGAUUCGAAUUUGAAAUCUAA